GUUAACUUCACACUAACUAGCUUCUGACGUCCUCCUUCGAGCAGUACAGUGAAAAUAUUCAGGGUUGGAUCAAAACCGAUGGAGACGCCAGGAGUUUGUGAGAUUGAGCUGCCCAACAGAAGAAUAGUGAGCGGCAGUGAAUCCCCAACUGAUCUGGAUAGUCCAUGUCAGGAGGAGGUUCCAGGGUUUCAUUUAGGUCUGUGUGGGCCUGAGGAAGAGAGAGGGGAAACCCCGGGCAGAGAGGACAGUCCCAGUGACCUGGGGGAGGCGGAGCUUGAUCCUGGAGGAGACUCCAAGGCUGGAGACGACAAGGCUUUUGGAAAGGAGGUUGUACUGCUGAUGCAGGCGCUGAAUUCUCUUGCCACGCCUGAAGAGAAACUGGCAGCACUGUGCAAAAAAUAUGCAGAUCUGCUGGAGGAGAGCCGCUGCAUGCAGAAACAGCUGAAAGCCCUGCAGAAGAAGCAGUCUCAGAUUGUCAAGGAGAAGAUCCACCUGCAGGGAGAACACAGCAAAGCCAUCCUGGCCCGCAGCAAGCUGGAGAGUCUCUGCAGAGAGCUCCAGAGACACAACAAGACACUGAAGGAGGAGAACGGCCAGCGGUCCAGAGAGUAUGAGGAGCAGCGGAAGGAGGCCAUGCUGCACUUCCAGAUGACUCUGGGUGACAUUGAGGUGCAGAUGGAGCAGCACAGCUCCCACAACGCCAAGCUGAGGCAGGAGAACAUGGAGCUGGCCGACAAGCUCAAGAAGCUCAUUGAGCAGUACGAGCUCAGAGAGGAGCACAUAGACAAGGUGUUCAAACACAAGGAACUGCAGCAGCAGCUAAUGGAUGCCAAGCUGCAAAGAAUCACUGAGAUGAUGAAAGAAGUGGAGGAGAAGCAGCAGCGGGAGAGAGAGUUUCUGCUGAAGGACGCCACAGAGUCCAGGCGCAAAUGUGAGCUGAUGAAAGAGCAAGAAUCUCAGUUGAAACAACAGCUCUCCCUGUACAUGGACAAGUUUGAAGAGUUUCAAAGCACUUUGGCGAAAAGUAAUGAAGUCUUCACCACCUUCAGACAAGAAAUGGAGAAGAUGACAAAGAAGAUCAAGAAGCUGGAAAAGGAGACAACGCAGUGGAGGACCAAGUGGGAGAGUAACAACCAGGCGCUGCUGCAGAUGGCCGAGGAGAAAACGCUGCGUGAUGGGCACUUCAAGGCUCUGCAGGGGAAGCUGGAGCUGCUGGAGCGCCUGUGCAGAGCUCUGCAGAAGGAGAGGAACGACCUGAGCAACCAGCUGAGCCUCCUUCAGGAGCAGAGGGACAAGGGGCCGGUGCCACCUGGCUCCGAUCAGCACGAGGCCUUGGCCAUGGAGAACAAGGAAGACAAAGAGGAAGAUUCUGAAGAUUUGGCGCACGAUGAAGCGCUGGAGGCGGGCGAGGAGCCCCCGCAGCAUGCUGCUGAUAAAACCACUACUACUGCAGCAACAACACCGACCAGGCUGCUGGACUGAAGCUGCUAUGGGGCAGUUUGAAACAUUACCAUUACUAAAGAUUUACCCUUUCACAAUUGUAAACUAUAUCUUUUUGAUCUUUCUGUGUUUUUACACUUUGCUCAAUAAAAUUAUUGUAUGAAGAAUUG